GCCCUGCUUUCACAUGAAAAUAUGUGAUAAUAAGGACAAAGCAAAUUCAAAGAAGUUUUACUUUUUGGACGAAAGGGGAUCCCCAAACUCUCUCUAUAAAAUAAUGGAGGAUUUGCAAACCACCUUAAAAAAAACCAAACCAAUCAUCUUUCUUCUGCUCUGUUCUCUGGGCAUUUCAGUUCAGUUCACUUCAGUUUCUCUGCAAACAUGCAAAAAACUCUGACCUUUCUUCUUCUUUUUCUUCUUCUUCUUCUUCUUUUCCUAUCAGUUCAUUUACAACUACAAUGUGAAGCUGCUGCUAUUAACGUAGACGAUGAUGAUUUGAUAGAGAAAAUAUGCAGAAAAACACCCUUUCAUGAUCUCUGUGUGGCCACUCUGCAGCCAAUCGCCAACACCCCAGGUUCAAAUAUUAAAGGGCUGGCCAGUUCAGUGGCUAAUAUUGUUCUGGGAAAUGCAACCGACACUUUGCAUUACAUAGAGGGGCUGAUUAAACAGACUUCAGACCCCAAAGAAGAGAGAGCUUUGGCUGAAUGUGCAGAACUCUACAUCUCAGUUGUCAAAUAUGAGCUUCCUGAAGCCAUUGAAGCUUUGAGUAAAGGUCAAUAUGGAUUUGCAAACUAUGGAAUUUCCGAUGCUGCCAAACUAGUUGAUCAAUGUGACAAGGGUUUCCCAGGAAAAAGUGGAUCUCCAUUAAGUGACAGAAACAAACUUAUUCAUAGCCUUUCUCAGAUUGCUGUUGCCAUUAUUAAUGUUUUGGCAAAGGGUUAGAUUUCAUUGUUGUAUCUGUUGUUAAUAUUUUAGUCAUCUAUGUAUUAUUAUUGUGGUUUGUGUGACAAU